UUGCUUGGUACUCGGUGGCUACAACUCCUCGAACACGACCCACCUCCUGGAAAUUGCGGAGGACGAGGGCGUGCCUGCGUAUCAUAUCGACUGCGCGGAGCGCAUUGGAGUUGCUGAUGGAGAGGCCACCAACAAAAUCCAGCACAAGCCCCUGACCACGCUGCCUGCGCAAGCCAUGCUGGACGAGGGCCUUGAGGUCCAGAGAGAGGAGAAGAGCUUGGAAGUGCAAUGCAGUUGUCCAACGCAGAUCACGGAGAACUUCCUCCCAGAUGGUCCCGUCACCAUUGGCAUUACCUCCGGCGCGCCACUGCCCCAGGCCGCGGCCCAGGGUGGCCUGGCUCUGAAGGUGGGCGAGGCCACGAGCACCGAAGAGCUCCUAAGCUGCAAGAUCGGUGGCUGCUGCGGCAAGGACACCCCCGGCUUGAGCCGCGAGGAGGUCUUGGCGAGGAUCCCUCUGCUGCCUCUCUGGGCCUUGUCCCCGGACGGCGCUUCCAUCAGCCGCUGCUUCGUGGCCAAGAACUGGGCGGCAGCCAUGAGCUUCCUCAACGAGGUCAGCGUCUUGGCCGAGCAGGAGGGGCACCACCCGGAUGUGCACAUCACUUCCUACCGAAACGUCCGGGUGGAGUUGAGCACGCACGCGAUCGGAGGGCUCUCGCUGCCCGACUUCGUCUUGGCAGCCAAGAUGGAUCAGAUCAAGGUCGAGUACUCGCCGAAGUGGCUCAAGGAGCACCCCGUGGCCUAG